AUGGAAUCCUUUUUCCCGCUUUCGAAUACUGUACCUGCCCAGCCAGACGCUCUAAUUCAGCCAAAAAGUGCUGUUGAUGCAGCUGAACCGUCAUCGUUUGAAGCACCCCCAUCGCGUCAAGAAAAACCAAGUUCUGUAACAGAAGCCAAAACACAUGGUCGAAAGCGCGGACGCAAAUCCACGAAAAAUUUUCCAAAACAGACAGAUCUUACUGGAAAUGAGCCUAUCUCAUUAUCAACGGACGACGAUGUGGAAACGGACGAAAAAAUAUGUACUCAUGAUUUAAACGAAAAAAAAUUAUUAAACGAUGUCGUAGAAACGCUUGAUCGAGUUUACGACUUGUCAAAAAAUCAAAUGGACAACGAAGCCAAUCAGAAUGAACCAGCGGCAAGAAAACGGCUUAGAUCAAUGAGCACUGAACGGCUUCUCAAACAUACCAUUGAUUGCGUAAGCUUCUUCUAUUAG